AUGACAGGCAGCACUGGAUGGCUUGUGAGCGGCCUGGUGGCCUUGCUGGUGGUGUGGGUGGUGCGGAAGGCGGUGAAGCUGUGGAAGUUUGUCUCUGCGCUGGAACAGCUCAGUGGCGCCCCCUUCAGCUUCCCUUCUGGCACCAUCGCUGCUCAUCCGACCGAUGCCGCCGUCGUUCGUUACAUGCUCAAGUACAUGCGAGAGAACCCCAAGGGUGCAACUCGUAUCUGGUAUGGCUUCCUCAUGCCUUUCGUGGUGCUUCAUCGACCACACGACAUCAAGAACGUCAUCACACGCCACUCACCAAAAGCACCAACCAUCUACAAGUUCAUCCGCAACUGGCUCGGUCCCAAGUCCGUCCUGCUGCUGGAGGGUGAGGAGUGGAAGACGAUGCGGCAACUGCUCGAUCCAGCCUUUCACCGCGUCCUUCUCAAGAACUACAGCCCCACAAUUGCAGCUGCUGCGGAGGAGCUUUGCGACAAGUUUGAACGCUUGGCCGCCACACCGGACAACGACACGGAACUCUCGGACAUUUUCUCCGCCCUCACUCUCGACGUCAUCUGCAGAUGUGCAUUUGGCUACGAGAGCGGGUGCCAGACCAACCCGAAGGAGAAGUUUUCGACUGCCAUCAACGAGAUUGAUCGCCUUGUUGCCCACCGCUAUCUCGAACCAUCCCACUUCUUUGAUUUCGUCUACAAGCGAUCAAAGGACGGAAAAAAGUUCCAGCAGCUGCUUGACUACGUCCACGAGCACGCCACCUUUUUGAUUGAGCGUCGGCGGAAGGAGCUCAAGGGCCUCACGCUUGAAGACAUCACACGCGACAAGCGCCCCUCUGGGCGUGCGCUGUUCGACUUCCUGGACAUCUGUCUCCUCUCGCGCGACAAGGACGGCAACCCGGCACUGACGGACGAAGAGAUCCGCAGCCAGUGCGACACGUUCCUCUUCGCAGGCCACGACACCACCUCCGCAGCGCUGAGUUGGCUCACGUUUGCUUUCUCGCGCCACCCAGAGUACCAGGAGCAAUGCAGACAGGAGGUCAUUGAUGCGUUUGGUGAUGAGACACCAGAGUAUGACGGCCUCGCAAAUCUUGAGUUUCUCACCGCUUGCAUCAGAGAGGCAAUGCGUAUGUAUCCGCCUGUGCCCGGCGUCGCCCGAGUCCUUGAGGAGCCGCUCACACUCGAGUGCGGCGCUGAAUUGCAGCCUGGAACAGCCGUUGGCAUUGAAGCUAUGGCAGUGCACCACAACCCGACGGUGUGGGAUGACCCUGAGACGUACAAUCCGUACAGGUUCUACCAGAAGCGCACGGACAUGUACUCCUUCUUCCCGUUCUCUGUCGGGAACAGAAUUUGCAUCGGCAAUAACUUUGCCAUGAACGAGAUCAGACUGGUCAUGUGUCAGCUCCUGCGGCGCUUCAAGUUCCUCCCAAUCGAAUACGAGCCGGCCUUGGAGGCGUCCCUCAUCUUGAAGAGCGAGAACGGCAUCAGAGUCAACGUUCAGAGGCCCGACCAACAAGGGCGGGUGGCGGUGGUGUUCCAAGUGCUGCACCGCGGGUCCACCUUGUGCGUUUCCUUGCUGCAGAGCCAGCAGCUCUUCAACAACAGGUUGUCGGAGGGCGGCAUCAUACAGGCGCGCGUCUUUCUUCUUCCCGCGGAGCCGUACAAGGUGGAGAAAGCCCUGCAGGCCAAACGCCCGAAGCUCCGCUCUUCCCCUUUCAAGCAGUUCAGUGCAAAGCACUAUGCGACCAACAACCCCACCUUCGACGAGGACAUCUUCUUUCCCAUUGCCAAGCUCCACAGCAAGGCAACAAAGCUGAACAUUUACGUGUGCAUCGUCGGCGAGGACAUCAACACAGGCGUCAGGUAUCACGGGUGCGUGACCUUUUCGCUCGCCGAAGUGCUGAUGAAGAGCAGCCACAUGCCGAAAUGGUACUGGGUGCUGCCGAUGAAGCAAGGCCUGACCCAAUAUCAGCCCGUCAGCCAUGAGCUGGUUCAGGCGCAGGCUGGGCACUUUCCAGACGUUGUCGUCUCAGGCAGGCACGAGAGUUCUCCAAACGCCUUUAUCAACGGCAAGUACGUGUACAGCGGGCAGGUGUGUGCAGACCGGCCCGUGUACCGACUGCGCGGACGCGGUGUCGUGCUGUUCUUCCACGAGGCGAGGGGCGCAUGGAUCAUUGCAGACAGCAUCGACAGCAGCGCCCCCUAUGCAUUCGCAGACGACCAUGCCGAGCAAGCUGGUAACGUGACCGGCACGUGGCGUGUGUUCUCCAAGGAGCGCGAGUGGACGAGCGUGCGCAGGAAGAAACAAGAGCUCAUGAAGCGGCGGCAGGCAGGUGGUCGUGGCAGCGGCGACACCAAGGCCGCCGGCGCGUUUCAGGCCGACCCCAGCGUGCAGUGCACCUUCGUUGGCGUGUAUGCGUCCAACAGGGCGUCCAUGGCGUCCGUCGUGCCCACGGGUGCUCUCACGCGCGAUGCCUCCGUGCGUAGCGUCACAACACAUGUGGACGAGGCGUGUGCUCGACCAGCAACAUCAUCGCCCCCACCGUCGUUGUCCCCAACAGCAUCAACUGCAUCUGCACGCACGACGCGUCCACAGUCCACCAUAUCGCGUGGCUCCAUGGGCAUGGCGGGAUCAACCCGACUGCAUCGCUCGCUGUCCUCACAGCACGCCAGCAUGCGCCUGAGCACCUCGCACGACAACAACAGCAGCGUGGUCGAUGAUGCUACCGCCACCGGCGUGCUCGGUGGAAGUCAAGACGGCAGCAUUGGUCGCGGUGCCGGUAGCACGGUCUCACGUCACUCGUCUCGCCCCCUGUCAGGCGAAGCAAUGUCCCGCUCGCUUUCACGAUCGCAGUCUCAUACAAGCGCAUCCAACAUGGCAGUAACAGCAGCAGCACCUGGCGGCACCGUGCUCGCAGACACACAGCAGCAACAACAGCAUGGGUUGUCACGCACGCCAUCAUCCGCCUCGCAGGCGCCAGGUCAGGUGCUGCCCAAGAGCCUGGAGGAGCGGGCACAGCGGUUUGAGUUGCUGCUGUCUGAGUUUGAACAUCUACUAGACGUGCUGCAGUACUUGGAGGUGUGCGGCUUGGCGGUGGAGCGCAUGAUGCCACCAGACCUGCUUGCCCAGUGCUUUGGCGAUGUUGCCGCAUGCAUCGUCAGCUGUCGCCAGGCCAUCCAGAUUCUGAAGGACGUGCAACGCAGGGACGCAACCCUUGCCAUCAACGUUGGCGCACCAUUGCGCCACAUCAUGCACAUUGGCAGUGAUGCAUUCACCAACUUUUGCGGCAACGCAGGGGGUGCCCUGCCCGCACUCGGUCGCUUCCUCACGGAAAAUGUGGAGGCAGACGCGAAGCUGAGCACUGUCAAGCGGGAGCAAGGAUCACGGUUCACGGUGACAUCGGGCGUGUCUGCCGCCGUGCAUGUGCUCGUGUCACUGCGGCUGCACAUUGACGUGCUGACGAAACUGUCCACUCCUGGCAGCGCGGAGGAGAGCCAGCUGCAGGAGGCGCUUGCAUCCGCAAUGGGCAUUGCAGCAACAGCGGAGGCCACGUUCCAGGUACUGAUGCAGGCUGAUGGUGCAGGCGAUGGCGCCAGCUUGCUUCAGACACGUGGGUCGUUUGCAGACAACCCAAUUGCGCUGAUGCCCGUGUCACCGCAGCGGACGUCCGAGUUUGUGCUGGCGGCAGAUCUCAACACAUCGCGACGACGCAUGUCCAUGGCGCGGGACGUGGACCUGGACGAAGACAACCUGCCCGCUGUGGAGCCACUGCCAAUGCACAGCCCAAUCAUGGAGGAGGAAGGCGAUGUUGGAGAGGACGGUAAUGACGCCGUGGCUGAUGGUGCCGGUGUGUAUGGUGGUGGCAGCGUCAUUGAUGAUGGUGCCGGUCACCAUGAUGCUGGGAACGGGGUGGUUGACGGGCUACCCGUGUCAACAUCACCGUCAUUAGUGAGCACAAGCACGCCUCGCAAGCACCAGCCCACCAGCAAGGGCAGCAGAGCGAAAGGCAGUGGUGGUGUUGGCAGCGGUCAUGCUGAAGCGGACGACAGCGCCAUUAGUGAGCCAGGCACCAUGCAAGGUGCCUCGGCAUCGCUGCUAGCUCCAAUCGCAGAGGAAGAGGACCACAAUGCAAGCAGAGUGGACACGCAACAACAACAACAACAACAACAACAACAACAACAACAACAACAACAACAACAACAACAACAGCAGCAGCAGCAGCAGCAUCAGCAGCAGCAACAUCAGCAACAUCAGCAACAUCAGCCCGUGUUCCAUCAUGGCACAAUGUCGCGGGUCGAGGCGGAUGUGGUGAUACGGAGCCAUGAGGGCGCAGACAACGGCCUCUUCUUCGUCUACAGAAUGGAGAAGAAAGACUGCGAUGUGCUUGCGCUCAUGUACCGUGGCAAGCCAACUCACCACCUGCUCAAGGUCGUGGAUGGGCAAUUGCGCAUCAACUCGCGUCUCUACUUCUCCAACGACGGCACACUAGUCGGUGUCAUGCGGACAUUGGCCAACGCGGACGUCGCUGGAUGGCCACAGCGGCUGCUGGCGUUUGUGCCGCGGCCUGAUGCAACACAGGCGGACAUUGCUUCCGCUAAGGCAGCCGUGUUUGAGCCAAGAUGACGCAAGGGAACAUGUUGUGUAUGUACACAUGCUUGCGUUGCGUGUUUGAACGAAUCAUUUUGUGUGUGUGUGUGUGUGUG